AUGUCAGCAAUUCCUUUAUUUUACCGUGAUGGCGAUAAAUAUCCACUUAGAGAUUAUCUGAAGAAAAGUUCGGGGCUUUAUUUGUUGUCAUUAAUAGUUUUUCUGGUUGUUUAUUUUGUAAUAAUAUGCUGUGAAAGUGCUCGUCGAACACAUCCAACAAACCUGAUUAGUACCGGAAUUUUAACUCUUUCAAUUGGAUUUCUUGUAUUCUUUUGACACUUUAUUAUCAUUUGAUAACAUCUUUAUUAGGCCAUGGUCAUAACUUCUUACUAUUCCCUCGAUUCUGUUGUCCUUGCUUUCGUUGUUAUAUAACUCUCUGCUGUGGUGGAAUAGUUAUUUUCUCGCUGAUCACUAAACGUGACAUCACCAGGUUGGAUUUUUCAGCAUUUCUUCUACCUCUCAUUCAAAUUUCAUCUCAUUUUUAUUUUAAAAUUUCACUUAAGUAU